GUGGAAUGAGACCUCCAACAUCACAGGUGGUGGAACUUCAUGUUUUUUAUGUCCCAGAAGAAGUUUGGAACUUCAAGCUGAAUACAGUUUCUGCAGCUCUUUCUAAUAAAUUCAUCUCAGCUGGAUUUAUAAGGGUGCCUCCUCACAUCACGCUAAGAGUGCUGCGAGAGAAGCUUGGAGAAUACCUGGGUGGAGUGGCAGUUGCAGAUAAAUUUAUAUUUUUAAAAUGCAUUGGGAAAAAACUAGCAGUGGUGAAAGCAAAACAAGAGGCAGAACUGGAACUGAAGUCAUUUGCUCCUCCUUAUGCACUUUACCCUGAACUAUAUUUAUUACCUGGAGUAGAGUACUUUGAAGAUGCUUAUCCGUUAUCAUCAUCAACUCGGAAAAGACAUCACUUUAAUGAAGAAGCUAGUGGGUUUGGUCGUGGAUCAAGAUUAUCCAGGCUUCUCCCCACAAAAAGUGAAAAGAGUAAGCAAUUCUUAGAAAGCAAUGAAAGCAGGCAUCUGCUUCAAAAUACAGUGCACAGUUCCAUGGAAUGGGGCGAGAAAGAAUCUGUUCUGGUUUUGCACACAAAUCACCAGCAAGACCAGAAUAUCAGGAUUCAAGAAAAUAAGAUUCAGCUUAGAGAAAAAGAUGAGAAUGGAUCCAGUGGAGCUCUCUUUGUGCCAAAUAAUUCAAAGACUGCAGAUGGGGAAUCUGGGAGGAACUCUGCCCAGAACUCUCAGGAAAAUCCUCUCAGCCAGGAUCAGAAACAGCAUAAUGCUCCCAAAGGGAGUGACAAAGCCAAAGAAACUGCUCUUACUCUUCAUGUAAACCACUAUGAGGUACAAGGCCAGAUAGUCACAAACAUGGAAAAUAACGACCAUCAAGAAGAUACCAAACUAAGAAGGAACAGAGCACAGAAUUCUGGAAUGUCUAAAAUGUGGGAAGAUCAAACCAUAGAACAUAUACAUAGUACCCAAAGCUUGCAACAGUACAGAACAGGCAAGUCUGUAGCUGACCCAGGUGAAAAACAGGAUAAUCAGGCAGAUGAAAACAAUCAAAAUCAUCUUACAUUUCCAAAAGAAUAUCUUUCUCCUCCUAGCCCACCUUUUCUGGCACGUCCUGUAAAUCCAGCUCAAGUUCCUACAAUUCAGACAGAAAAAAACGAGAUGGCGGAACAACUGCAGCAGAUGAGGAAAGACAGAAGAUAUAUGGAAAAAACAAGAGAAGACCUGAUCAAAAAAGCCAAAGGGCUACUAGAACAAAAUAAGCUGAGGAGAUAUCAUGUUCGUGAAGAAUGGAAAAAGAAGUACUUUGAAACAAAAAAAGCUACAGUUUCCCUGGAAGACAUUUUAAACAAACUGCGGCAAGAUUUUGAGCUUUACUACCAGAAAUUACUUUUGCAACUGGAAGCCAGAGAUACCCGAAAACAACCAAAUAAUGCAAUGACUUCCAAGAAUAACACAAUCAUCCGGAUUAUUACAGUACAGCAUGAUAUUGAUCAACUGAGAAAGCAGCUGGAUGACACAAAAAUGAAACUUGUGAUAGAAAUUAAGAUGCGAAAACAGGCAGCAUCUGAUUUACGAGCACUGAGAGCAGAACUGACACAGAAGAAGAUUCAUUCCGGUUUUAUUGUCCAGCCUGGAAAAGCAGGCAUUUAAGGGGAACAACACAACUUAACACCUGAAAGGUCUACUGAAGCUCUGUAAUGUAUAUAGAAGUUCAGACUUUCAAAG